AACAACAUGGCCAGUAUUCCCCUGGGUGGUGAUCAGCUGAAUCGGGUAACAUUUGAUUCGGCACGCGUUCUGAGAUCUGGUACUCACAGUCGAACAGAGAGGUUUGACCAGUUGUCUCCAGUCAUCGAAGAACUAUUUCAUGUUCAGCAAGACUUGUUAGAGAAAAUCAUCAAAACCUUCUACAUACCAGAAACAGCUCGUGAAGAGGGAUCACUUGCCCAGUACAGAGCAAUUCUUCAUAGAACAAACGUUAAUGGUCAAGUUAAGGCUAAUGGAUAUGAAUCACACAAAGACUUCCUCAUUACUGUCACUAGAGCUCUUGUGAUAGAGUUAGCUUGUGAAAGAUGGGGGGCUGAUUGCAAGACAGACUUGGGGUCUCUGGUUCCGGAAGAAGUGAAGACUUCUAAUACCAAAGGGAAGAAGCAGUGGUUACAGGAGCAAGUGACCAAAGUGGUGGAUACACUGUUCUGCCCAUACUCUGCUCCAAAAGAUGCUAAAAUAUACCUUCGGCGCAGUGGCCAUUUGUACUGUGUUACGGUGCCUUCAAAAGAUGUCGGGAAAACCAUUGAUCUUAUCAUAAAUGGUGAAGCUGUCCGCAUAAGAGUGCCUGAAGAUUGUAAAACUGACGAAGCAGAAGAUGGUGUGUUUUCAUACAGCCUUGGGAUUGUCAGAGUUGCAAUGGAUUUUAUCAUGUUCAAUGAUGCAAUAAAAUCAGGUGAUAUAGACAUGAUUACAAUUCUUAUGAAACGAUUCAUUCCACUGUUUACAGGAGAAUAAUAUUAGUCUUGUCAAACACGUAAUUAGAGGACUUGGAGCCGGAAAAAGUGAUAAAGCUAUGCUAAGAAUAUCGAAGGCAGCACCUGUAAUCAGUGCAAUGGUAAAUGGACUAGAAGGAAGCAAGACACAUAAAGAUAGACACUCCAGAAAGUCAAUAUCAGAAGAUAUUUCAAGAUUAGGGGAUGCAAUUCGAAAAAUAAGGCCUUUCAACUAUCAGAAGGGUAGACAAAUGAAUCCUUUUAAGAAAAUUUCAUCAAAUGUGAUUGGUGCUGUGAACAAAGACAAAUUAAAGGACUUUAUAAUCAGGCACAGCUCCAGAGCAGUUAAUAAGCUUGCUUUUGAUGACAAUGAAGACUAAUAAGGGAUGCUGUUAAUGCCAAUAAGGACUCGUUAAAUUGAUUUUUGUAGUCAGAUCUUCAACACUUAUUUUUGCAGAAUUGAAAAA